AUGAAAUGUGUGCGAAUUGCAGGUAUAGUAACGAUGACGACAGUUGGCUACGGGGAUGCUGUGCCAGCGACAACAAUGGGCAAAAUCAUAGCGUCAGCAGCGAUAAUGUGCGGCGUGUUGGUGCUAGCCCUGCCAAUCACAAUAAUCGUGGAUAACUUCAUCAAAGUGGCACAGGAUGAGCAGCAAGCGGAGCAGCAAAAAGUGGAUCAGAUGCGGCAAGAACAAACGAUACAGUCAAUGCUUAACAAGGAAGCGAAUGAAGACUCUUAA